CGCUGCUGCUGACAGUCGAUGUCGAUUGUCGACAGCAGUUUUUCGCGAGAGGCGUUAUAAUUCUUACGUUUUAAGGCUAAAUUAUUGUGAUUAUUAUAAUUCAAAAUGUUAGCCUUGAUUAAUCGUAUCCUUGAUUGGUUCAAAAGCCUGUUCUGGAAAGAAGAGAUGGAGCUCACGCUGGUCGGGCUGCAGUACUCUGGGAAAACAACAUUUGUGAACGUCAUAGCAUCUGGCCAGUUCAGUGAAGAUAUGAUCCCUACAGUCGGCUUCAAUAUGCGCAAAAUCACUAAAGGCAACGUCACUAUUAAGGUGUGGGACAUCGGAGGCCAGCCCAGGUUCCGCUCUAUGUGGGAGAGGUAUUGCCGCGGCGUCAAUGCUAUAGUGUACAUGGUUGACGCGGCCGACAGCGACAAGAUCGAGGCGUCCCGCAACGAACUCCACAGCCUGCUGGAGAAGCAGCAGCUGACCGGCAUCCCGGUGCUGGUGCUCGGCAACAAGCGCGACCUGCCGCACGCGCUCGACGAGCACGGACUCAUCGAGCGAAUGAACCUGUCAGCAAUCCAGGACCGCGAGAUCUGCUGCUACUCGAUCUCGUGCAAGGAGAAGGACAACAUCGACAUCACGCUGCAGUGGCUCAUCCAGCACAGCAAGUCCGGCGCCGCGCGCUAGGCCUCGCUCUAGACCUAGGUACCGCUGCUAGA